ACAACAAGAGUUAAGGCCUUUUUUGGUGUGCUGUUUAGGAAAUACAUUGCUUGUUUCAUUGUUUAGAUGGUAGAAUGGUUGAAUGUAGUAAGAUUAAUUUGAAGUUUCUGUACGAUUUGGAACAAAAGGAGAAAAGUGCAUUAAUUGACUGGUGUGAAAAUGAAGGUUUACUUAGUAGCCAUUUUCGGGACAGUCCGGAAUACGUAGAAUGUUUUUUACUCUUAUUUUUGUGAAUUUACGUGGCGACGUCGAUAUACGGAUUCUAGUUCAGAUAAUUUUAGGAAGUUUUUGGGAUGCUGUUAAGGAAUUUUGUGUGUCACAGAGAACUUCAAGACACUAUGGAAACAUUUUCUGAGUCCACUGUUGUGUUUACUGAGUUAUUGUUUGACACCGAACGAUACCAAUUCAUAGUUGGAGCAAGGGAUUGCAUAUAUCGAUUGAGCCUUGAAGGUUUGAGGGUAUUAGAAAAAGCAGCUUGGCCAGCUCCUGAACGGGAUAUUAAUACAUGUAUUCAGAAAGGACAGUCUGAGGAAGACUGUCACAAUUACAUACGGGUCUUGCUAAUGCAUAAUAACAGGUUAUUUAUCUGUGGAACAAAUGCAUUCUCACCUGAAUGUUCAUGGCGAGAUGUUAAUUCCCUCCAUACUGUGCACGAGUGGAAAUCUGGACUAGCUAAAUGCCCGAGUAAUCCUCAUACUAAUAGUACAGCUCUUAUGACAUCUGAAGGAGAUUAUUAUUUAGCAUCUGCCUUGGAUUUUUCAUCCCAGAACUAUGCUAUCGUUCGUAUAAUGGGAACUGAGCCAUUUCUGCGGACUGUACAGUAUGAUCCCAAAUGGCUGAAUG